AUGGAGUCGUCAAGAAUCUUUGUGAAGAACCUGCCGCCAACGAUUUCUGAAGCCGAGUUUCGCAAACACUUUUCGGCUCUGGGACGAGAGGUCACUGAUGUCAAACUCAUCCCAAACCGCCGGAUCGGGUUUAUUGGUUACAAGUCACACGAAGAUGCAGCAAGGGCGGUCACGUACUUCAACAAGUCCUUUAUUCGCAUGUCCAGAAUAGCAGUCGACUUGGCGAAACCGCAUCCUCUUUCCAAUACCGGUGCUCCGGGGGUAGAAUCAGCCGAAGAUGCCAACCCUAAGAAGAGGAAGCGGCAGGCCCUUGAUGAGGCUGACCCUAAGCUGCAAGAGUAUCUUGAGGUUAUGGGGCAUCCAACCAAAAAGUCAAGAGACAAAGACGGGCUUGAUGGCGCCUUUGAGCCUGCCUCGACAGCCUCUAUCCCUCCAACUGCACUAGAUGCCGGCGAAAGUGAUGAUGAGUACGAGGACAUCCCAGUCCUCUCAUCGAAGACGCCGAUACCUGCUGAUGUCGACGGCCCCGCACCGCCUACUGCGGAUAGCCAGCCUUCAAUACCCGCACCAACGGAUGAAGGUGCAAGGGAAGCGUUGCAAGUACCUGCAAAUGCAACAGAUGACGAUUGGCUUCGCUCAAGAACAAAUCGUCUGCUGGACUUGGUGGAUCCAGACGACCCAGGCUUUCCCACACGGCCUGCACCAUCUGCAUUCGUGGAAGAGUCUGGGUCCGAGCUGCAGGAACAGUCCCAAGGCGGCCCUGGCACUAGUGUAGAUGGACUGGAGAAGCCUGUUGGCAAUGGCGAAAAUCCCGAAGAUGCUGUCAAGCUGGUCGAGAAGACCUCGCGGCUCUUUCUACGCAAUCUCAGCUAUGCUGCCACGGAAGACGAUCUCAGAGAGCACUUUGGCAAGUUUGGCAGUCUCGUAGAGGUCAAUAUCCCGCUGGACAACCGGGGCAAAGGCAAGGGUUUUGCCAUGAUUCAGUAUGAGCGCCCUGAAGCGGCAGUUGCCGCAUUCCUAACAGACGGCUCAACCUUCCAAGGCCGGAUAAUACACAUACUCCCGGCUGCUGCAAAAAGGGAGAACAAGCUCGACGAAUUUGCAAUUUCCAAGCUGCCGCUCAAAAAGCAGCAGCUCCUCAAGAAGAAGGCCGAAGCAGCAUCCAGCACCUUCAACUGGAAUUCGCUGUUUAUGAGCCAAGACGCAGUGAACACAGCUGUAGCAGAACGCCUCGGUGUGUCCAAACAUGAACUCUUGGACCCGACGGACGCCUCUGCUGCUGUGAAACAGGCCGUGGCUGAGACCACCAUUAUCCAGGAAGCCAAGGCGUAUUUCGCCUCUCACGGGGUGAAUAUCGAGGCAUUCCGAUCUCAGCAGCGAGGUGAUACCUCGAUACUUGUCAAGAACAUCCGGAACGCCUCGAUUGAGGAACUCAGGAGCCUCUUUGAGGAACAUGGUACGGUGCUAAGGGUGCUGAUGCCGCCGAGCGGCACCAUUGCCAUUGUUCAAUUCGCCCAGCCGGCAAGCUGCCGUGCUGCCUUCUCAAAGAAGGCCUAUUCACGGUUCAAGGACUCUGUGCUGUUCCUUGAAAAAGGCCCAAAAGAGCUCUUCAUAGACCCUGCUGUCCCACAGGAGCAUCGGCCUGCUGGCCUGCAGAAGCCGUCCGUUGCCGAGCUGCUGGAACAGGAUGACGGUGAGGACCAGCUCGAGACGGCUUCCUUAUUCGUCCGCAAUCUCAAUUUCUCCACUACCACGGAGGGCUUGACCAACGCUUUCAAGCCCUUAGACGGGUUUGUGAGUGCAAAAAUCAAAACUAAGAUGGAUCCGAAGCGCCCAGGCCAGCUGCUUAGCAUGGGUUUCGGCUUCUGUGCCUUCAGGACCAAGGAGCAGGCGCAAGCAGCUCUCAAGGUCAUGGACGGCUAUGUUCUGGAUGGCUACAAGCUCAUAGUCAGGGCAUCCCACAGAGGCCAUGAUGCUGCCGAGGAGCGUAGGCGCGAGGAGCUCGCCAAGAAGGCGGCCGCGCAACGGACCAAGAUUGUCAUCAAGAAUCUUCCGUUCGAGGCAUCCAAAAAGGAUGUACGUGCACUCUUUAGCACAUACGGUAAACUCGUUGCACUUCGCCUCCCCAAGAAGUUCAAUCACACCUCACGCGGCUUCGCUUUCGCCGAGUUCUCGACGGCAAAGGAGGCAUUCAAUGCUCUCACUGCGCUCAAGGACACUCAUCUCCUUGGACGGCGGCUGGUUCUCGACUUUGCGGAAGCCGAUGAGGUCGAUCCCGAAGAGCAGAUCAAAGCCAUGGAGAAGAAGAUACGAGGACAAGUGAACAAGGUUGCCCUGCAGCAGCUUACAGGGGGAGGGAGAACCAAGGUCAAUAUCGGAGAUAACGACGAAGAUGAACCAUGA